AUGACCGAAACUGCUACCUUUGCCGCCGGAUGCUUCUGGGGUGUUGAAAAGGCAUUCCAGCGCUUCUACAAGGACGAGAACAUCAAGACCAGCGUUGGAUACACCGGUGGUGCCGACAGCAACCCCGAUUACAAGAAGGUCUGCACAGGAUCGACCAAGCACGCAGAGGCACUCCAGAUCCACUACACCCCCAACGACAAGAUCAACUACCCCAACCUGGUCGAGUUCUUCUACAGGAUGCACGACCCCACCACCCUCAACUCCCAGGGCCCCGACGUUGGCACCCAGUACCGCUCUGCCAUCUAUUUCCAUUCCCCCGAGCAGGAGCAGAUCGCCAAAAAGGUCACUGCUGAAGUCCAGGAGAAGCAUUACAAGGGCAAGCAUAUUGUGACCCAGAUUGUCUCUGCGGGCGAGUGGUACGAUGCGGAGGAUUAUCAUCAAAAGUAUUUGGAUAAGAACCCUGAAGGCUAUGAGUGCCCCUCUCACUUUUUGAGAUGGUAG